GCCAUCGUCAAAGAUGUACACUCCAUAUGGUUGGUUCAAAGUCCAGGGGUCUUUCAUUUGUGGCUGGCCCCUGACGCUCAUGUGCCUUAGCUUCGUCUUGACGGGCGUUCGUGUUCGACUAUCUAGCUCUGCAAUGUACUUUGCCUGCACGCUCAAUCCAAAGUUUCUGGACGGGCAAUGCUAUCAUGGGACCGCUGGUAGUGAAUUCUUCUUUGGCUUCGUCUUCGUAUUGCGUAUCGCAAAUGUCGAUCGCCGGUGAGUGAUGACAGUCAAAAAAACUCCUCAUUCGUAUCAUCCACCAGCGGAGGUUACAAUUCGACAAGCGUCAGCACUAGAUGAGGGCUGAGAGUAACAUGACUUGGAGACUAACCGAGGAAGAUUUGAGACUGAAGUUGAAGUGGCUUUCCAAGGCAGAAUUACACGAUGAGUGAAGGUGAUCUUGUGCAUUGCCUCGAUGCCCAGUCGGGCAUACUGUUGGCGAAUUCGGGAUGGAUCUACUUUUCGUGCAGCGUAUUCUGGGCAAGUGCUGUAUAGUCAGGGCUCUGGUAGUCUGUUAACGUUCCAGAGUGGCCGGUUACGGCAAUUCUUUACCCGGCAUCUUGAUGUAGGCUGAAGAUCUUGCUCACUGUGUAGAGUUCCGCAGGAGCAAGAGUCGCAUCCAUAUGCUGUCGAAUGAAACCCGGCCCCCCAACCCCAUUAAUUCCCAACCUUGACAUCUGAGGAAUUUUGGAGAUCUGGAUCGCACUCCGA